UCUCUCAUUUUUUGUUACUCUUACCCUAGAGCUUUAUGGUUGAUGAGAUUGCCCAAAACUGUUGAUCUGAUGAUAAACUCUUCAGAAAGGUUGAAAGAGUACAUGGGCGUUAAAUAAAGUCAGCAUUUCUACAACAAUUACAAUCACCCACCAGAAUGGCCAAGUCAAAACAGCAUACUUCUACCACCUCACCAAUACGGAUCCAUCAUCUGAAAUGUUUGCAUGACAUUGCAACCU